GUUAUAAAAUGCCAGCCCUCAUAGACGUUCGCUGCUUCCCGAAAUAAUCAACAUCCGUUCAACGAAGGCAUCGAAACGGCGUCAAGGCUGGACUAACACGGACAAUAACGGGGAAUCCCGUUUAUAAAUGAGCACUUAACCAUCCAACAAACAUCUAUGUCAAGACUGCCAACGGACCACAUCUAGCUGCCGUGUCUUCUGUCUCGCAUUGGACCACAGUGACAGUGCAUACCUAAUCUAAAGCAGAGUAUCGGCUAAAUUAACCAAGACCGACGUCCACAAUGGUUCAGAAUAAGAAUAACACCCCAGAAGUCACUGGCUUCCACCGCUCUUUUAAUGUCCAAAACCCGUUCAAUUCUGAAGAUUAUACCAAAACAGACUCCAGUCUCCACGAGUCAAACUUACAUUUAGAUUGUCCCCCAAGACCUGACAUGCCAGCCAGCCAGCCGAUUAACAUCCCAGAUGCCAAGAAGAGGACCAAGAAGAAGAAGAGAUGCAGGGCCACCGACAGCUUCACAGGACGAUUCCAAGAUGUAUACGUGCUGCAGACGGAGGUGCUGGGCGAGGGGGCCUAUGCUGUCGUCCAGACCUGCAUCAACCUCAUCACCCAGAAGGAAUAUGCUGUCAAGAUCGUCGAGAAGCGUGCAGGUCUCAGUCGGAGCCGAGUCUUCAGGGAAGUGGAGAUGCUCUAUCAGUGCCAGGGACACAGAAACAUUCUGGAGCUGGUCGAGUUCUUUGAGGAAGAAGACAAAUUCUACUUGGUUUUUGAGAAACUAAGAGGAGGGUCAGUGUUGACCCACAUCCACCGUAGACAACACUUCAGUGAGCAGGAGGCCAGUUAUGUGGUGCAGGACAUCGCCAGUGCUCUAAACUACCUCCACAACAAGGGAAUGGCACACAGGGACCUGAAGCCUGAAAACAUCCUGUGUGAGCACGUGGACCGGAUGUCACCGGUGAAGAUCUGUGAUUUUGACCUGGGCAGUGGCAUCCGGCUGAACAGUGACAGCUCCCCUAUCUCUACUCCUGAACUCAUCACUCCGUGUGGUUCAGCAGAGUACAUGGCUCCGGAGGUGGUGGAGGCCUUCAGUGAGGAGGCUACGAUCUAUGAUAAGCGCUGUGACCUGUGGAGUCUGGGGGUCAUCCUGUACAUUAUGCUGAGUGGGUACCCUCCCUUCGUAGGGCACUGUGGCACCAACUGUGGCUGGGACUGGGGAGAGCCCUGCCAGGAAUGCCAGAACAUGCUGUUUGAGAGCAUCCAGGAGGGGAAGUAUGAGUUCCCUGAGAAGGACUGGAAGCAGAUAUCCUCUGGCGCUAAAGACCUCAUCACCAGGCUUCUGGUCAGAGAUGCCAAGAACCGCCUCAGUGCUGCUCAGGUCCUGCAGCACCCCUGGGUCCAAGGGUGUGCUCCCAACACCGUGCCCUCCAGGCUGAACCACAGAGGCAGCAGAGCCCAGGACCUGACCUUCUUCGCUGGCCAGGCUGUGGCUGUCACCCGCCAGCUAGCUGAGCAGGACGAGAGCGACCGUCAGGAGAGAGAGGACCGCAACGAAGAUUCUGAGGAAGAAGGGUCGUUGGGGUCCCUCUCUCUGUCCCCCUCGUCCCACCACAUGGCUACCAGCACCACUGCUAGCUGCAGCCUCAGCCCCCAGAGCUCCCUGCGCCCCCUCUCCCCCUUGUCCUCUCGGCUGGCCCGGCAAAAGAGGAGAGGGCCCCCCCACACAGGGCCAGUGUGUGCCUCGGAGCUCCGGCAGCUCCUUGCACCCCUGGUCAUCAUGGAGGACUGUGCCUGAAACCUCUAACAACCGUUAAACUGACCGACCAACUGCAAACCUAACCUGAUAAUGCUCCUGAAAAUUCACUGCUCAGCUCCUCCUCCCACCUCUUUUCUUCUCUACCCCCUCCCAUCAUCUUUCUCAUCACUAAGCCACACCUGCAAUACCUCAGUGGCUUGGAUGAUGAUGGGGAUGUGGUCUUCGCAGCACUUAAAGAAGCACAUUGACCCUCUGCCUAAUUCGAAGACUAUUCUACUCUUGGGGUGGGGGAGGGAGGGGAAAGGGAUUUUGAAGAGUGGGUCAUCCCGCUCUGAAUUGAAAACUUCAUCAACCAGCUUCAUCAGAUAUACUAGAGGCCCAGUGGGUUCAAUGAGUUGGCCAGAUAACAAGUCGAAAUAGACAUUGAUUUUAUUGUUAAUAUAAAACAAAAAGAUCAACUUGGAUAUGUUGUUUUUGUUUGUUAAAUCAAUUCGAACAUGCCGUUUUUCAAGCUCAUCUUUCUACAAAAUAAAACGUAUCAGAAUAUGUAGGCACGUUAGCUGGCUAACUCCUUUAUAGUAUACCCCUCAGGACCUUCCCUCUACUUCAGUCUACGAGGGCGGGAUGGCCCAGUUAUCCAGCUAGCAGCAGUGUUGUAACGCACUUAUCCAAACUGAGACCUUUGUCAGUUUCACUGAGUGGCUCACUCAAACCCUUCCUGCUUGUUGUAGUGGGAGCUCAGGUGGCCUGAUAACCGGGCCCGGCCGCUAGGCUAGCCAACUCUGUACGAGGCCGCUAGGCUAGCCAACUCUGUACGAGGCCGCUAGGCUAGCCAACUCUGUACGAGGCCGCUAGGCUAGCCAACUCUGUACGAGGCCGCUAGGCUAGCCAACUCUGUACGAGGCCGCUAGGCUAGCCAACUCUGUACGAGGCCGCUAGGCUAGCCAACUCUGUACGAGGCCGCUAGGCUAGCCAACUCUGUACGAGGCCGCUAGGCUAGCCAACUCUGUACGAGGCCGCUAGGCUAGCCAACUCUGUACGAGGCCGCUAGGCUAGCCAACUCUGACUAUCUAGUACCUCCUCAUUGCUGGGAUUUAACAAAGUCCAAACAACAUCUCGCCUGUUAUCAUUAUUUCUGCCCCUUGAACCGCUGUUGUGGUGGUACUAUCGAUCCAUUAUCUGAGAUCUGAGGCGUCCUGAUUGACAUGUUGUGCUCACUGACUGGCUGCAUCACAAGUGGCAUAUAGGGAAUAGGGUGCUGCUUGAUGCAGUCAUUGUUGCUGACUGUAAUAGGGAGACAUGGACCCUGCCAAAGUAGCCUGAGCUUAAGUUAAGCUUAGCCUAGACCUGGACUAAAGAUCACUUUCAAUGGAGAAUCCUUUAGUCAUGUUUCUUAGUCCAGGACUAGGCUUAAUUAAUCUGUGUCUGGGAAACGGGCCUUAAAUUGGUCUGAACCCAAGAGAGAGUCCCAGCAACGAAGAUACUUAAAACUUUAACACAAACUAUUUUCCAGCAGAUACCUCAGGACCUAGAAAUAUAUAUAGAGAGAGCUGGGGGGGGGGGACUUCACCAGGUAUCAAUACAACUGUUAUUGACUCUCCAGGUAUCAAGAGAAGUCAAAGAAAGACGAGGGGAGAGAUCCUCAGUUUCUUUUCUUCAAAUCACACGAUCAAACGAUCUACAUUCUAAGAUCCUAAUGAAGAAGUUUUAAAGGCCUGACAAUGGUCAUCUGUCAUGUUGAUGACAAGUCAUUUAAUGUAUAAUCAAGGCCUUGGUUGACUGCCUUUUCAGUGUGUUCAGACGAGGCUCCAGCAUGGCUAGCUAGCUGGUGGUAUUCCAAGAAGACCAAAUUAACCACUUAUAGGAUGAAUGCCCAGGGCCAUGUGCUUUCGUCCCAUAUCAGUCUAGUACUGUGGUUAUAACCAGCUGCCCAGAUCAGUCUAGUACUGUGGUUAUAACCAGCUGCCCAGAUCAGUCUAGUUCUGUGGCUAUAACCAGCUGUCCAGAUCAGUUUAGUACUGUGGUUAUAACCAGCUGUCCAGAUCAGUCUAGUACUGUGGCUAUAACCAGCUGCCCAGAUCAGUCUAGUACUGUGGCUAUAACCAGCUGCCCAGAUCAGUCUAGUACUGUGGUUAUAACCAGCUGCCCAGAUCAGUCUAGUACUGUGGCUAUAACCAGCUGCCCAGAUCAGUCUAGUACUGUGGCUAUAACCAGCUGCCCAGAUCAGUCUAGUACUGUGGCUAUAACCAGCUGCCCAGAUCAGUCUAGUACUGUGGCUAUAACCAGCUGCCCAGAUCAGUCUAGUACUGUGGCUAUAACCAGCUGCCCAGAUCAGUCUAGUACUGUGGCUAUAACCAGCUGCCCAGCCCAGAUCAGUCUAGUUCUGUGGUUACAACCAGCUGCCCAGAUCAGUCUAGUACUGUGGUUACAACCAGCUGCCCAGAUCAGUCUAGUACUGUGGUUAUAACCAGCUGCCCAGAUCAGUCUAGUUCUGUGGUUAUAACCAGCUGCCCAGAUCAGUCUAGUACUGUGGUUACAACCAGCUGCCCAGAUCAGUCUAGUACUGUGGCUAUAACCAGCUGCCCAGAUCAGUCUAGUUCUGUGGCUAUAACCAGCUGCCCAGCCCAGAUCAGUCUAGUUCUGUGGUUACAACCAGCUGCCCAGAUCAGUCUAGUACUGUGGUUAUAACCAGCUGCCCAGAUCAGUCUAGUACUGUGGUUACAACCAGCUGCCCAGAUCAGUCUAGUACUGUGGUUAUAACCAGCUGCCCAGAUCAGUCUAGUACUGUGGCUAUAACCAGCUGCCCAGCCCAGAUCAGUCUAGUACUGUGGUUAUAACCAGCUGCCCAGAUCAGUCUAGUACUGUGGUUACAACCAGCUGCCCAGAUCAGUCUAGUACUGUGGUUAUAACCAGCUGCCCAGAUCAGUCUAGUACUGUGGCUAUAACCAGCUGCCCAGCCCAGAUCAGUCUAGUACUGUGGUUAUAACCAGCUGCCCAGAUCAGUCUAGUACUGUGGUUACAACCAGCUGCCCAGAUCAGUCUAGUACUGUGGUUAUAACCAGCUGCCCAGAUCAGUCUAGUACUGUGGCUAUAACCAGCUGCCCAGCCCAGAUCAGUCUAGUACUGUGGUUAUAACCAGCUGCCCAGAUCAGUCUAGUACUGUGGUUACAACCAGCUGCCCAGAUCAGUCUAGUACUGUGGUUAUAACCAGCUGCCCAGAUCAGUCUAGUACUGUGGCUAUAACCAGCUGCCCAGCCCAGAUCAGUCUAGUACUGUGGUUAUAACCAGCUGCCCAGAUCAGUCUAGUACUGUGGUUAUAACCAGCUGCCCAGAUCAGUCUAGUACUGUGGCUAUAACCAGCUGCCCAGCCCAGAUCAGUCUAGUACUGUGGUUAUAACCAGCUGCCCAGAUCAGUCUAGUACUGUGGUUACAACCAGCUGCCCAGAUCAGUCUAGUACUGUGGUUACAACCAGCUGCCCAGAUCAGUCUAGUACUGUGGUUAUAACCAGCUGCCCAGAUCAGUCUAGUUCUGUGGUUACAACCAGCUGCCCAGAUCAGUCUAGUACUGUGGUUAUAACCAGCUGUCCAGAUCAGUCUAGUACUGUGGUUAUAACCAGCUGCCCAGAUCAGUCUAGUACUGUGGUUACAACCAGCUGCCCAGAUCAGUCUAGUACUGUGGUUACAACCAGCUGCCCAGCCCAGAUCAGUCUAGUACUGUGGUUACAACCAGCUGCCCAGCCCAGAUCAGUCUAGUACUGUGGUUACAACCAGCUGUCCAGAUCAGUCUAGUACUGUGGUUAUAACCAGCUGCCCAGAUCAGUCUAGUACUGUGGUUAUAACCAGCUGCCCAGAUCAGUCUAGUACUGUGGUUACAACCAGCUGCCCAGAUCAGUCUAGUACUGUGGUUAUAACCAGCUGCCCAGAUCAGUCUAGUACUGUGGUUAUAACCAGCUGCCCAGAUCAGUCUAGUACUGUGGUUACAACCAGCUGCCCAGAUCAGUCUAGUACUGUGGUUAUAACCAGAUGAGCGUAGCUCCGAUUAACUUUUGUAUAGGAAUGUCACAUGGUGCUAUAAAAUAAAGGGUACUAUCGCAUGACCUAAAGCAGCAACGAUACGUUAUUUGAAGUUCUCAACAGUCUUUCUCAAAAUCUAAAUGAUUAAUUUUGGGGCCAAUUAGGGAAAGCAUUCCAAACAGAUCUUCAAGGAUAUGAAGCAGAUGUGAAUGAUAAACCCAUACUUUUUUAUUUUAGGUGGGUUCACUCCCAAGAACUCCUAGGGUUGUGUCCCAAAGGCACCCUAUUCCCUAUAUAGUGCACUACUUUAGACCAGAGCCCUAUGUAACCCUAUUCCCUAUAUAGUGCACUACUUUAGACCAGAGCCCUAUGGAACCCUAUUCCCUAUAUAGUGCACUACUUCAGACCAGGGCCCAUUGGGCUCUAUGUGCACUAUACAGGAAAUAGGGUACCGUUUGGGACGUUUCUCUACUAUACUGUGUCAGGCUGCUGUUUCUCCGGCUGUUACGCUUCUGUUUUACUGUUGUUUUGAAGUUUCUACAUUGUUGGUGGGACAGACAGAGUGGAUCUGUGUCCCGGUCCAGAGAAUAGUUCUGUUAUUGAACUCUGGUUGAUGGAACAGACAGUGGAUCUGUGUCCCGGUCCAGAGAAUAGUUCUGUUAUUGAACUCUGGUUGAUGGAACAGACAGUGGAUCUGUGUCCCGGUCCAGAGAAUAGUUCUGUUAUUGAACUCUGGUUGAUGGAACAGACAGUGGUUCUGUGUCCCGGUCCAGAGAAUAGUUCUGUUAUUGAACUCUGGUUGAUGGAACAGACAGUGGAUCUGUGUCCCGGUCCAGAGAAUAGUUCUGUUAUUGAACUCUGGUUGAUGGAACAGACAGUGGAUCUGUGUCCCGGUCCAGAGAAUAGUUCUGUUAUUGAACUCUGGUUGAUGGAACAGACAGUGGUUCUGUGUCCCGGUCCAGAGAAUAGUUCUGUUAUUGAACUCUGGUUGAUGGAACAGACAGUGGAUCUGUGUCCCGGUCCAGAGAAUAGUUCUGUUAUUGAACUCUGGUUGAUGGAACAGACAGUGGAUCUGUGUCCCGGUCCAGAGAAUAGUUCUGUUAUUGAACUCUGGUUGAUGGAACAGACAGUGGAUCUGUGUCCCGGUCCAGAGAAUAGUUCUGUUAUUGAACUCUGGUUGAUGGAACAGACAGUGGAUCUGUGUCCCGGUCCAGAGAAUAGUUCUGUUAUUGAACUCUGGUUGAUGGAACAGACAGUGGAUCUGUGUCCCGGUCCAGAGAAUAGUUCUGUUAUUGAACUCUGGUUGAUGGAACAGACUGGAUCUGUGUCCCGGUCCAGAGAAUAGUUCUGUUAUUGAACUCUGGUUGAUGGAACAGACAGUGGAUCUGUGUCCCGGUCCAGAGAAUAGUUCUGUUAUUGAACUCUGGUUGAUGGAACAGACAGUGGAUCUGUGUCCCGGUCCAGAGAAUAGUUCUGUUAUUGAACUCUGGUUGAUGGAACAGACAGUGGUUCUGUGUCCCGGUCCAGAGAAUAGUUCUGUUAUUGAACUCUGGUUGAUGGAACAGACAGUGGAUCUGUGUCCCGGUCCAGAGAAUAGUUCUGUUAUUGAACUCUGGUUGAUGGAACAGACAGUGGAACAGUAUGUUGAGGGAGAGCUAAAUGAGAUGAAUAUGGUUAUUUAACUUCAGUGUUUCUGUCUCUUGUUCAGCUCGAACUACAACCCGUUUGUUUUAUAGUUGUUCUUUGUGCUGGUAACGUCCUUGAAUAAUUGUGUGUCUCAGAAAUCUAGCGUAGUGCCGUCUUAAGCCAGAUCCAUCCGUUUGUUUAGACUUCUGUUUAUUCCUGAAUGUGGACCACAAAAGGAAUCUACUACGGUAUGUCUGGGAAGACCCUAGUAGACACUGCCACACAGGUUCUGCUCUAACAUAGACCAGUCUGAGUGAAGCAUUUCAUGUAGAAUCCAAGGCUACAACCAGUAGAAAAACAACACCCCUCUGUGUGUUGGACAGAUCCUGUCAGGAUAGAUGGCAGUAUGUUGUGUGUUGGAUAGAUGGCAGUAUGUUGUGGGUUGGAUAGAUGGCAGUAUGUUGUGUGUUGGACAGAGCCUGUCAGGAUAGAUGGCAGUAUGUUGUGGGUUGGAUAGAUUGCAGUAUGUUGUGUGUUGGACAGAUCCUGUCAGGAUAGAUGGCAGUAUGUUGUGGGUUGGAUAGAUGGCAGUAUGUUGUGUGUUGGACAGAGCCUGUCAGGAUAGAUGGCAGUAUGUUGUGUGUUGGACAGAGCCUGUCAGGAUAGAUGGCAGUAUGUUGUGUGUUGGACAGAUCCUGUCAGGAUAGAUGGCAGUAUGUUGUGUGUUGGACAGAGCCUGUCAGGAUAGAUGGCAGUAUGUUGUGUGUUGGACAGAGCCUGUCAGGAUAGAUGGCUGUAUGUUGAACCUCCUCAGUGUGUUGGACAGAGCCUGUUAGAUGGCAGUAUGUUGACCCUAAGAACUAGGACUGAGCCCUGAGAACUAGGACUGAGCCCUGAGAACUAGGACUGAGCCCUGAGAACUAGGACUGAGCCCUGAGAACUAGGACUGAGCCCUGAGAACUAGGACUGAGCCCUGAGAACUAGGACUGAGCCCUGAGAACUAGGACUGAGCCCUGAGAAGUAGGACUGACCUCUGAGAAGUAGGACUGACCUCUGAGCCCUGAGAAGUAGGACUGACCUCUGAGAAGUAGGACUGACCUCUGAGCCCUGAGAAGUAGGACUGACCUCUGAGCCCUGAGAAGUAGGACUGACCUCUGAGCCCUGAGAAGUAGGACUGAGCCCUGAGAAGUAGGACUGACCUCUGAGCCCUGAGAAGUAGGACUGACCUCUGAGCCCUGAGAAGUAGGACUGACCUCUGAGCCCUGAGAAGUAGGACUGACCUCUGAGCCCUGAGAAGUAGGACUGACCUCUGAGCCCUGAGAAGUAGGACUGACCUCUGAGCCCUGAGAAGUAGGACCCAUUUUUUUUAUUACCUUUGUUUAACAAGGUCAGUUAAGAACAAAUUCUUAUUUUCAAUGACGGCCUACUGGGGAACAGUGGGUUAACUUUCUUGUUCAGGGGCAGAACAACAGAUUUGUACCUUGUCAGCUCAGGGAUUUGAACUUGUAACCUUUUGGUGACUAGCUCAACGCGCUAACCACUAGGCUACCCUGCCGCCCCACACAGAGAAAGGUCCACGUAUAUUUUUGCUAUGAUAUACAUCAUAUUCCUAACUGCAACUCUAUUUUUCUAACGUGUGGGUAGGCUCAUGUAAAGCCUGUUUUCAGAUGAAACCUUUUGUUUUUAGUAAUAAAAUGGUAUAAUUCAGUUCAUGUUCCCUUGUUGCUAAGAUACACCCUCACUGUUCUGUCAGCCUGCCUGAUGGGUAGCCUGGAAUCCAGGAUGUGUUAACAUUCCACUCCUUGCCACUGUUUGGCGUGACAAGGAUUGGCAAGGAGUGGAAUGUUAGCACAAAGAUGACUGGAUUUCAGGCUAAGUGUUGGUCAGACUGUUGGAAACCAUUCAAAACCACAAAUAUUGUCAGAAUGAACGUGAAACACUUUUAAAUAAUGUUUUUAGUUUUGAACAAGUCCCUGAAAAAUUAACGCCUUGAUUCAAUUGAACCUGAAUUCAUUUUUUCCAUCUGAAAAUGGAACUAGCAGAUCUAUCCAGAUGUCUCUUUCACUUUCUUUUGGCACAAUGCAUUUUUAGUUAUGACCCUCACUGACGUUCUGUUGUCAUGGCCCCCAGUCUGUUCUGGUUAUGACCCUCACUGACGUUCUGUUGUCAUGGCCCCCAGUCUGUUCUGGUUAUGACCCUCACUGACGUUCUGUUGUCAUGGCCCCCAGUCUGUUCUGGUUAUGACCCUCACUGACGUUCUGUUGUCAUGGCCCCCAGUCUGUUCUGGUUAUGACCCUCACUGACGUUCUGUUGUAGUGGCCCCCAGUCUGUUCUGGUUAUGACCCUCACUGACGUUCAGUUGUCGUGGCCCCCAGUCUGUUCUGGUUAUGACCCUCACUGACGUUCAGUUGUCGUGGCCCCCAGUCUGUUCUGGUUAUGACCCUCACUGACGUUCAGUUGUCGUGGCCCCCAGUCUGUUCUGGUUAUGACCCUCACUGACGUUCAGUUGUCGUGGCCCCCAGUCUGUUCUGGUUAUGACCCUCACUGACUUUCAGUUGUCGUGGCCCCCAGUCUGUUCUGGGGCUCAUCAGUCAGUCAUUUUGAUCUUUCUGUUUGGUCCACUGUGUGCUUGGUUCACUCAGCAGCCUGUAGACGCAUGUGGGGAGGGAAUGAAAAUCGAACUGCAAAGCAGCAGAACAAUGGAUGUCAAAAAGCACUUUGUCAUGACAGACCUCAACUCAAACCAUUUUCUCCAAGCUGUUGCAAAAACAAUUUUGUACAAUUCUUUUUGGGGAAAACAAUUUGAAAUAAAUUUAAUCCACAGAAAAAAGA